GGUGGAUGGUGAUCGUGGCGCAUAAGUUAAAACCCUAACCCUAAUUGUUCAGUUCGGGCCAAGAACUCAAUUAGUAGCAAUCUUUAGCCCACUGUGGAGGAGAUCGGGGGGUCCAAGGAUUUGUUGGAUUUGGGCUUUUCGUCCGUUAUGAACGUGGCCAAGUAACAAAAUUGGGUACAGUGUUAAUCGAUGCACCAUCGUGUAGCGGAGUAGAACGCCUCAGAUUCGCACCCGUGGCAGUGCUGGGCCAUCGUUGUAACUAACAAAGCGCAACAAGCAGUGAAGUAUUUCAUCGUCUCUGUCUUUCUCGCUUCGAUUCCGUUCUUAUCGAUAAGAAAACGAAAGACCAUAUUUUGAUCGCAGAGACGAACUGCACGAAUUUCACUUUUAUUCUCCAUCUCUCGUCCCUCUCUCGCUUUUAUCCGAAUCGGCAAGCAAACGAAAUAGAGGAGAAUCUAACGCUUCUUUCAUGGCUUCAGCUUGCUGCCUAGAUUGGCGAUAGUAUCCAUCUGUGUGUUGUCAAAUCUCAUUCCUGUACUAGAAAUUUUCUGGAGGAAGCAAUUCGUUGAAGCAGCUGAAAGAGAAUGGGUACCAGUGCGUCCAAAAAUUCGGAUGGCGGUUCUCAAGGGAACGAAGAGCGAGAAGAAAACCUAGACCAGGCGGGUGGGCAGCUCUAUAUUUCUUUGAAGAUGGAGAAUUUUAAACUCAAAGGCGAGCUCAUUCCUCAUAUUUACGGCUCUGUCCCGCUUGUUGGUUCGUGGGAUUCAUCUAAAGCUCUUUCCUUAGAACGUGAAUCAGCAUCAAUGUGGGAAUUGAGCUUUGUUGUUCCUCCUAAUCAUGAAACACUGGAUUUCAAGUUCCUGUUGAAGCCGAGGUACAGCAAUUCACCUUGUAUAGUUGAGGAGGGUCCCAACCGUCUACUCUCAGGAGGGAUGUUGCAAGGGGAUACCAGGAUGGCUCUUUUCAGGUUUAGUGCUGAAGAAGUUUUGGAGUACAGGGUGUUCAUUAAAGCAGACAGGGUUUCACCAUUUGAUCUCAUGGGUCAUCGGCUAGCUUGGAGCUUGAUCUUGAACACUACGUGGUUCCAGCUCCUUCUUCAAACUCAGGCCUUGUCUAUGCAGCUAACCUGACAGAGACUCCUAGAUCAUUAACUGCUUUUGGGGUCCAUUUCAAUGCUGAUGGAUUAGGGAACAUGUCAUCAUCUAAGGAAAGUGGUAUUCUUGGGGACCGACCAACAACUGUAAAGGAUAUGACAGUUAUUGUCCCUGAUCCAUCCAAGGUGUAUAUGGGUUCUGGAAUGGUUGAAUCAAAGUCAGUAGGGACCUUUUCUCAUUUGCAAAAGCAAGAUAGUCAUAGGGGACUUUUUGUGGAUCGAGGUGUUGGAUCCCCUAGGCUGGCUAAAUCAGCUAGUACCAGCACUUUCUUUUCGGAUCUGAAAUUGGACACGGAAUCCAAGAAUUCAAUGCCAGCAGCGGCUGGAGCUGUUGCUGCUGCAGCUAUUGCUGAUCAAAUGCUUGGACCAAAGGAGGAUAGACAUUUGGCAAUAGUCUUGGUUGGUUUGCCCGCUCGAGGCAAGACUUUUACUGCUGCUAAGCUUACGAGAUAUCUUCGUUGGUUAGGUCAUGAGACAAAGCAUUUCAACGUUGGCAAGUACCGACGCCUAAAGCAUGGUGCUAAUCAGUCUGCAGACUUUUUUCGAGCUGACAAUCCAGAAGGCAUGGAGGCACGUAAUGAGGUAGCUGCUCUAGCUAUGGAGGAUAUGAUUUCUUGGAUGCAGGAAGGUGGCCAGGUUGGAAUAUUUGAUGCCACAAACAGUACCAGGAAACGGAGAAACAUGUUGAUGAAAUUGGCUGAAGGAAAAUGUCGGAUUAUUUUUCUGGAAACUCUAUGCAAUGAUGAACGCAUCAUUGAAAGGAAUAUACGUCUUAAAAUACAACAAAGUCCUGAUUAUGCAGAGGAGCCGGAUUUUGAGGCUGGUUGUCGUGACUUCAAAGCUCGCCUAGACAACUAUGAAAAAGUUUAUGAACCUGUUGAAGAGGGAUCCUACAUUAAAAUGAUUGAUAUGGUUAGUGGCCAUGGAGGACAAAUACAAGUAAACAACAUCAGUGGGUAUCUACCUGGACGAAUUGUCUUUUUCUUGGUGAAUACUCAUCUCACACCACGCCCAAUAUUGCUCACUAGGCAUGGAGAGAGUAUGGAUAAUGUUAGAGGUAGGAUUGGAGGUGACACGGAAUUAAGCGAGGCUGGAGGAGUAUAUUCUAAGAAGCUUGCUAACUUUGUUGAAAAGCGAUUGAAGUCCGAACGGGCUGCCUCUAUUUGGACAAGCACACUUCAGCGAACAAUUUUGACUGCGAGUCCUAUCGCUGGCUUCCCUAAGAUUCAAUGGCGUGCACUUGACGAGAUAUAUGCUGGAGUAUGUGAUGGAAUGACCUAUGAAGAGAUAAAGAAAAACAUGCCGGAAGAAUACGAGGCACGGAAGAAAGAUAAAUUGAGAUAUAGAUAUCCUCGUGGGGAAUCGUAUUUGGAUGUUAUCCAAAGGCUUGAACCAGUAAUUAUUGAGCUUGAAAGACAACGGGCACCUGUUGUUGUUAUUUCUCAUCAGGCGGUCUUGAGAGCAUUAUAUGCUUAUUUUGCUGAUAGGCCCUUGAAAGAAAUUCCACACAUCGAGGUCCCACUUCAUACAAUAAUUGAGAUACAAAUGGGAGUCACGGGUGUGCAAGAGAAAAGAUACAAACUUAUGGACUAACAGACCCCCGGAUGUUACUCUAUAAUUCACAUGUGCUUUGAGAAGUUGCUAUGCAUUCUUUUAAUUCUCUCAUUCAUUACCAAAUGUCGGCGUCAUAAAUUGCACUACUCGUACCAUUAACCUCCGAUGCAAAUGUGAUGAGAACUCUUUUUCAUUUUUGUAAUAGUGAUGUUAUGUGUAUGUAUGUAACUCAAUACUCAGGCAGGAUGCAAUGGUUGAACAAAAUUCUCUCCCAUUCAAAGCA